AUUCUCUCCUCCUCGCUCAGAUCCGGAAGACUUGGGUAGUGGGAAGGUUGCUCAUCAGAUCGGUCUCUCAGUGGCAGUUUGGUGAUUACGGCGCGGAGAGCGAUGGGCCUCCUCGACAAGCUGUGGGAUGACACCGUCGCGGGGCCCCGCCCGGACACCGGCCUCGGCCGCCUACGCAAGCAGGCCGCGCGCCCCGCCGCCGUCAAGAUCAAUGAUCCGGCCGGGGACGGGGCGGCGUUCGUUCCACCGUUGCCGGCGUCCGGCAGCGAGGAGACGCCGGUCAAGGUGACGCGCAGCAUCAUGAUCAAGCGGCCCCCAGGGUGCCCGGCGUCGCCGAGGAGCGCGGCCAGCACGCCGCCGGCCUCGCCGUUAGGGUCCACGCCGCCCAUCUCGCCGUUCGCCGGCGCCGGUGGUCGCUUCAGAAGGAAAUCAUCUUCGGAUGCAUACGAGAGGGCAACACCACCGGGGACAACCAGCCACCCUCCUCCCUUCGAAGUGUGAGCCCGCGACAUGCGCACACUCCUUUUUGCACCUUGGCCAACAGCAUCUACUUCACAAGGUUGAGAUGGAGGAGAGAAGACAUAUCAAGAGGGAAAUGGACAAAGUCAAGGGAUAUCUUACCGUACCUCUACUGUGAUAUAAUGUAGAUGCCGCUAUUUGUAGUGUUUUCUAUCUACUAUGUGGAGUCUAUCUACUAUGUG